CACAAACACAUACUGAUGCUAUUGACAAAUGGUUGCACAUAUGUAGGCAAAAGAAAUAAUACUACUGUGAUAAUCGUCGCCGUUGCCGUUGCUGUUGGCGUAGGCGUGGUGCUUCUCUUCCUUGCUCGUUUUAUCAAGUGGAGGAAAGCAACCAAGACGUACGAAGUCGUCCAAGGAUAUCAAAGCGGCCUAAGUGACAUUACAAACGCCGAGUCCUUGCAGUAUGAUUUAGCCACCAUAAAAGCCGCCACAGACAAUUUCUCUCAUCAAAAUAAGUUGGGUGAGGGCGGAUUCGGUGAAGUUUUCCUGGGUAGGCUUCCAAAUGGACUACAAAUAGCCAUGAAGAGACUAUCUCAAGGCUCAGGACAGGGUGCUGAAGAAUUUAAGAACGAAGUCAUACUGGUAGCGAAGCUUCAACAUCGAAACCUUGUGCGGCUGCUUGGGUUCUGCUUGGAGGGUGAAGAAAAACUGCUUGUCUAUGAGUUUGUGCCGAACAAAAGUCUCGACUACAUUCUAUUUGAUCCUAAAAAGAGCCGACAAUUGGAUUGGUCGAGACGUUACAAAAUAGUACAUGGAAUUGCUCGAGGAUUGCUUUAUUUACAUGGGGAAUCUCAACUUCGGAUCAUUCAUCGCGAUCUAAAAGUGAGCAAUAUCUUGUUGGAUGGCGAAAUGAACCCAAAGAUUGCAGAUUUCGGCAUGGCAAGGAUUUUCGGAGUCGAUCAAACACAGGCAAACACCAAUAAAAUUGUGGGGACUUAUGGUUACAUGGCACCCGAGUAUGGAAUGCAUGGGCAGUUCUCCGUGAAGUCCGAUGUCUAUAGUUUCGGUGUCCUACUUCUUGAGCUCAUUAGUGGUAAAAGGAAUAGUUUCUUCUACCAAGCAGACGAAGGCGAAGUUCUCGCUAGCUAUGCUUGGAAAAAUUGGAGAGACAAUAUGCCAUUGGAAGUGUUAGAUCCAGCUAUUGGAGACUCUUAUUCAAGGAAUGAAGUUCUUAGAUGCCUUCACAUUGGUUUACUAUGUGUUCAGGAAGAUCCAGUGGAUAGACCCACAAUGGCAAACAUAGUCCUUAUGCUGAACAGCUACUCUGUUACUCUUGUACUGCCCCAACAACCGGCCUUUUUCCUCCAGAGCAGGACGGAGAGACAGAUGAAACAGCUUGAAUCAGACCAAUCCACCAAUAGGUCUAUGCCAUUGUCGACCAAUGAAAUGUCGGUCACCGAAAUUUACCCCCGCUAAAUGGUGAUGUGAGUGGAAAUCUUUCUUCAUGAUAGUCUCACAGAGACCUCGAUCAUAAGAACCUUGGCACUCCACUGAGAUCAUUAGUAAACAAUGAGCAAACACCUUUGUCCCGUACAUCUAAAGGUACAAAGUGUACUUUCUUUGAGG